UUAUUACGUUGGGCACAAGGGGAAGUUCGGCCACGAGUUUCUCGAGUUCAAGUUCCGCCCUGACGGGAAACUGAGAUAUGCAAACAACAGCAAUUAUAAAAAUGAUGUCAUGAUCAGAAAAGAAGCCUACGUACACAAAAGUGUGAUGGAAGAGCUAAAGAGGAUAAUCGAUGACAGUGAAAUCAGGAAAGAAGAUGAUGCAUUAUGGCCGCCUCCUGACAGAGUUGGCCGACAGGAGCUUGAAAUUGUAAUAGGUGAUGAACACAUCUCUUUUACCACCUCAAAAAUUGGUUCUGUUAUUGAUGUAAAUCAGUCCAAGGACCCAGAAGGUCUAAGAGUGUUUUACUACCUUGUCCAGGAUCUCAAGUGUCUCGUCUUCAGUCUCCUUGGAUUAGACUUCAAGAUUAAGCCAAUUUAAAUUGUAUGGCUUUAAAUUUGUACUGUAAAGUUUCUUUCGGUGGGGUCACUUUCCAUAUCUGUCAUUGGUUUUACGUGUG